UGACGAAUAAGAAAAAGAAGAAACAACAAGAAAAAGAAGACGAAGAAGGCGUCAACACUCAACAGUCACUUCAAGUCAGCUUCCACUUGGCUCUGCGUGGAGGUAGCAGCAGCGGCGCGGCACUCUUCGCUCCUGACGCGACUGGCUCCGUUUUUUUUUUUCUUUUGUUAAAUUUUGUUGCCUUCGCGAGCGUCCACGCGCGGCGAUGACAAGAGUUGUCGCGGGCUCGGCGGCGCUGACGUGCGCGGAAGCCGCCGCCGGUGCCGACGCCGCGGCUGGAUGACUGCCGCACAUUCGUCAAUUUGUUGUUGUUGUUGUUUUUCCACCCCUCUCACGAGUAAACGUGAAGCGAGGACGGCACUAGCGACACUUUUUUUUCUUUGAACUUGCUGUAUUUUUAUUUAUUUUUUAUUAUUAUUAUUAUCAUCCCCCCCCCCCCAAUAACUGGUGUUUUUGAGGGAAUUUGAACCAUGUUGGCUGGAUCCAAAAGCACGUUCAAAGUCAGACAAAUGGAGACGGACAUCAAGGAGAGGCUGCUGAGUCAGAGCGGGAUGAACGCGAGGGGUCGAGAUGUCUUCGAACUACGUUGUCUUCCAGGCGAGUGCGUGCUGCAGCGGGCCGUCAUGGUGAGGAAGAAGCUGACGGCGAGCGAAGGGAGAGGUUGGCUGUCGGGAACGCUCUUCUGCACUCACUUCCGAGUAGCCUUCGUGCCCCGAGAUGCUCCCAAAGCCGACGACAAUGCCGACCCAAUUCUUUUGGGGGAUCAUGACGUAGCCUUGGCGUCGAUUGAGAAAGUCGUAGUCGUGGGCCCCAACAGGACCAAGUUGGUGACCCCAAACUCUUCGCUCAAGUUCACUCCGGAGGAGCUGGUGCUUUACUGCCGCGACCUGAGGGUCGUCUGCUUCCUGUUCGACCGCCUCACCCCCGACGCCCAGGUCAUCGAGAUUACGCACGCCAUCGCCAAAACCUACCAGCCUCUCAAACCGGGCUCCGUCUUGUCCUUCCAGAACGCCGCCCUCGGUAGCGUAGAAAUGAAGCAGUUUCUAAGCAACCGGCGGCGGGACGCCCACAUGAACUGGCACGAGUCGGCGGCGGACUGGCAGCGCGAGCUGGAGCGCUGCGGCGCCACCGGCUGGAGAGUCAGCUCCGUCAAUGACCGCUUUGAGAUGUCCACAAGUCUUCCAAGGUUCAUCGUUGUUCCACAGAAGGUUCUAGACACAGAGUUGAAGAAAAGCUUCGCCCACUUCAACGACGGACGCAUCCCUCGCUGGUGCUGGCGACACCCGCGCGGCAGCGACCUCCUGCGCAUGGCCAGCUUCCAGAACAACAUCUACCACGAGAAGGACGACAUCAGGAACCUGGAGCUCAUCCUGUUCGGGUGCCAUUCGUCCCUGUGCGUGGUGGUGGAGCUCGGCGAGGAGCUGCCCUCGACGGCCGACAUCCAGCUGGCGCACGGCCGCCUGCGAGCGCUCUGUCUCGGAGACAUCUCCACGUCUGUGACCGUGCCGGACGACAAGUGGCUGUCCACGCUGGAAGGGACUCACUGGUUGGACUACACCAGGUGGUGCCUAAAGAAAGCUUCGGAGGUGGCGUGCCUCCUGCGCGGCGGUCACAUGACUGUGGCGCUGCAAGAGGCGGAGGAUCGAGACCUGAGCUGCGUGGUGUCCAGCCUGGUGCAGGUCAUGUGCGACCCUCACUGCCGCACCCGCGCAGGCUUCCAGAGCCUGGUGCAGAAGGAGUGGGUGACGGCGGGCCACCGCUUCUACAGCCGCGGCAACUAUCACCGCGACAACGACAAAGAGGAGGCUCCCGUCUUCCUGCUCUUCCUGGACUGCGUGUGGCAGCUGUGGUCUCGGUACCCGUCUCGCUUCCAGCUGAGCGAAGACUUCUUGCUGGCGCUGCACGACAGCGCCCACCUGCCGCUCUUCUCCAGCUUCCUUGCCAACUCCCAACGGGAGAGAAGCAGAGGCUCACAGAACCUGGGCCAGUGCUACACGCCCGUCAACGGCUGGCGAGACCCGCUUCACCCGGAUAGCGGCCCGGAGCCGCCCGACCCGCCGUUGCCGCCCGUGUGGGACUGGUCGCUGCGGUACAGCGAGCGGCGGCAGGCCGGGUUCACGCAGCCCGUCCCGCCCGCGUCCGCGCCACGGCCGACGCUCAACGGGAACCUCAACGCCGACCUGGAGGCCGGCAAGCCGAGCGACGCCAGCCCCGGGUCCGUGUUCCUCCUGUCCCGGGGCGUCUUCUCCUGUCCCGCCAACCUGCUCCCCUGGCGGGGCGGCGUGGGGAGCGGUAUUUCGGGCGUCUACCGGAAGAGCCACCGGAGGGCGCCGUCCUCAGAGAGCGUCCCCGGGUUGGAGAGGCUGCUGAGGGCUCGGUCCCUCACCGAGGCCCCCUCGGGGCCGCCGCCCGACCCCGUGCAGGACCCCUACGAGCCCUUGCUGCCCCUCCUCAUGGGGCCCUGCGUGGGCCUGUGGAAGGAGUGUUACCACCGGGGGGCGCUGCAUGCUCAGGCUUUCUCGCACCCGCUCAGCGCCAACCACCGCCACCCCGUGGAGCUCCUGGCCCAGGAGGUGCAACGCCUCCAGGAGCGGGUGGCCCGGGCGUGCCCCGCCGCCUCCUCCGCCGCCGCAGAGACCCCGCGGCCGCGGCCGGCCGGCUUCGCCGACCUCAACCACAACGCCAACAACGGCACCUUCCUCUUCCCCAAGCAUCACGGAUCCGCCAGCCCCCCCAAAGAGCCCCCCGCCCCCUGUGCCGCGGCCGCGCCCAAAGAAAAUGCGAACAAACACACCUUUCUCUUCGGGCACGCCGCGGACGCCCGCCCGGGACGCGCCAACUCCAAAGUGGCCAAAGGCGACGGAAGUUAGUCGUGUGCCCCCCCUCCCCCCAGCUUCUUCUUCUUUUGUGGUUUUUGACACCUAAAAAUACCAGAUAAGACGAUGACGACGACCCACAAUGCACUUGGGAGACCUCCCUGACACAUUUUCUGCAUGAAAGGAGGCGUCUAUUUUUAGGCUGCAAAUGGAAAAAGGGUGUCGAGAUUGAAAAGGUGCUUGCAAAACUUUUCACAAGUGGAAACGUUUCAUGGGAAUUCAUUUGAACUCAUUCACUGCCAGCCAUUUUCAAAUCAGCGUUGCCCAUGUUUGCAGCCGUUUUACAGCAUUUUCAAUGGUCCCUCAACACCCACAGACACCUCAAACACUAGCAACAAAAACAAGACUGAGAAAGGGCUACUGAUGGCAAAAUAAUUUCAUUUAUUUACAGAUUUCCAACUAAGAAGCGCGACGCUGACUCAGCGCCUGGCUCAAGUCGAGCGUCAGAGGCUUUUUUACGAUGUUCGCCAUUCUUUCUGUGAACUGCGUCAUCUUUUCUCACCAUUGUGUCACACAGUUUCUACUACCUAGCGUGACACAUACCGUUUAUCUCGUACAUAUACAGACUCUGUCGGAGUUUAAGGGUGCCUAACUUGUCCGCCGUCCGUGUUGGCAUUUCUCUUCGUCACGAUCAAUGUGACGAGCUGAGAUUCACUGCGUAAUUUUUAUCUUCUGCUCAAAAGCUGUGCUGAUCAAAAUCCAAAGCGAAGCAACGCCGCCAUCUGCAGGCAAUCAAGUCGUCAUUAGUUAUUUACAAACUGGAAUUUCACAGACGAGCUGGGCUACACCCACUUCCGCGUGUACCCCUUGAAAACGUAUUUGACGAAUAUAGUCGUCGGUGGCAGUCAACGGCUGGAUUGAAAUUGACGAAAAUUAACGCCCGCUGCAAAUAAUGCGUUAGUAGUAAAUUGGCGAAAAUAGAUUCUAGCCUCACCUUGACGUAAGGGGUGUCCCAGCUUCAGUGUUUCCAGUUACGAGGUUGCUUUUCUGAUUUUACUCUUCUGCUGCAAGCUAAAAUUUGUGUUUUGAAUACGCCGCCGCUCGAACAAAGGUAAUGGAAUGCCCUCUCAUGUGGGCAACGAGAGCUAUCUAUUUUGCACAGAUGUCUGCUUAUGACAAAACAAACUGUUCAUACAGCCACAUCUCAAUUAGAAUAGUGUCCAAAAAAAAGUUGAAUUGAGUUAGGUGCUUCACUUUAAAAAAAAAAUGAAACUCAUACUACAAAUGCAAUGCACACACUCAGAGUGAAGUUUUUCAGGAUUUAAAAAAACUUGAAAACCCAAAUUCACCACCUCAAGAAAGUAGAAUAUUACCCAACAAACAAUGUAAAUUAUUUUUUAAUUCAGAAAUUAGGCAGGAAUUUGCCCUCUGAAAAGUAGUUUCUUGAGUCAUGAAUGAAUCUAUAUAAUGUAUGAAUACUGAAGUCAUGGAACUUUUUGACCAUAUUCUCAUUUCUUGAGAUGCACAUGUAUUUAUCAUUAAAUUAGCCUUCAAUUCCUAGUUAGUUCCCAUGAAAAGUCUCUAACUUGGAGUAUUUACAAAAGUGCCCAUUUUUAAAACUCACAUGAAAAAUGUCCCCGCAUUUGCGACCGGACACUGCAUUAGGUACGCCCGCCGACCUGCACUGACAAAGCAUGCCAAGGCCAAGUGUACCUAAUGAGGUGUCCGGUGCCUAUCAGGUUCUAUCCGAGGAGGAGGAGUGCCGUGCCCACUGACGUUUCCUUGUGGAAUUUGGGGCAUGAGAGUUAUUUUGGUAUUCCGCGCUCACUGCAGCGGCGGCGGCGGCAGCCCACACAUGUGAGCGAGCGAGCGAGGCCCACAUUUCCCUCGCACAACAUAACGGCCUUAUUUUGAGGGGGGCGGAAAGUCCUACCGUGUUCGGACCAAAUGGAGUAGUAUUAUUUUUAAAAGGUGUUCAACUUUUGAGGUGAUUUCCUUCUUUUGUUUACCGUUUUCUCGUCAGUGUGCAAAGCGCACGUGCACACGGACCAAUGCGAGUUCCUUAAGGAAAAUUCCGUUUUCCCACAAAUUUGUUGGCUAGGGGCUCGGCAACCGCAGGCAUGGGUUGGUCACACUUUUCCGCCAGUACCGCCAGAAAAAUAGGUACGGCUUCCCGGGGAUGCACGUUGGCAAAAAUUUGCCGAGCCCUCGAAGCAGCAUUUUAAAACAAAGCAAUUCCAAUAACGACAAACAACAAAGUGGUUUCAAUUCAUUUGUGGAGCAAUAACGGUAAGAAACCAAUUUCAAUUUGUUUCCAGAAGGAGAAAGGAUCUAUUGAAAUGAGUUUCUGGAAUAAUAAUAAUAGUCAUCAGAAAGCAAGCAGUUUUAAUUAGUUUGCAGACUUAAGUUGAAACAAAACCUUAUAUGCUGGAAUAAGAACCAAACCAAUUUUAAUUGAGUUAUGGUAAUUCUAAAAAGAAAUCAAGUCGUUUUCCGGAAACGAUAAGAAACAAAGCAGUUUGACGAGUGACCAAGUGAAGAAAAUGGCCACCCGUGUUUUUGAAUGACGUUCGAGCAUCGUUGACGCCUUUAUACCAUUCGUGGAACUUCAAGACCUUUUGGUACGAAUUUACCAGACGUACAUUUUGUAUUUGUAUCGGCGUGUUUUUGUUCUCAUUAAAUGAAUAAAAAAAACAGCACUGGGACUUGUGCAACACAGUUCACAAAACUUUAUUCUUUCCUUUUCUUAAACAAAAUAAAUAUGAUCUGGAACGGUUAAAAAGUAGCACAGCACUCAGUGUACGAGAAUCGUUUGUUUCUCAUCCAAACGUCACAAAUAUCCCGCGACGCAAACGUUUACAAAAUGCGUGGGUGGGGCAUACAAUCGAAACAGGUAAAAAAUGCGCCGAUCUACAUCUUCCUUUUAAAAAUUGCACUUCGACCUCGUGUAAACUUAAAAGACUGUCAAACUGUAAAACGUUUCGCACAAGGAACUAAACGGCAACAUUUACAACAGCUGUUUGAUAGGUGAACAUUUUCAAGGACUUGUAUGCCUUUCUGUGACUCCUCCGGUAUCGCUGACCCUCUGAGAACAUCUUGUGUGAAGCCUUGCAAUCAGCAGGUGGCGACAGAGAGACCGGAAAAAUUCAUCAUUUAAAAAGCUGUCUCGUGCGUCCGGCACUUGCAGACGCGAGCUUUUCGCCCGUCACCCCCACCAGCCGGCGGGCUCCACCCGCCCGCCGCGGGGGCCCCAGAAGCACCCCGUUGCCGCGGACGACGAGGCCCACGGCCCGCCCGGCCGGCUCAGGGACCGGCACAUGGGGCAGGGGUAGUCGGACAGGCCUUCGAUGUCCCGGAAGGCCAAGUUGACGAUGCGCUGGCAGCACGGGUCGCAGUAGAGGUGGCCGCACGACAGGCGCUUGAGGCGCGCCUCGUACGAGAUGCAGCACUGGCAGUGCGGCGCGUCGGGCCCCAGCGACAGCGAGCCCGUCAGGGAGCUGCUGUCCGGGCUGCCCGGCUGGCCGGAGCUCAGCUUGG